AUGGCCGUCGUCGCAACCAUCAAAUGCGUUGUCGUCGGCGACGGUGCUGUUGGCAAGACGUGCCUUCUCAUCAGCUACACCACCAACAAAUUCCCCUCCGAAUAUGUUCCGACGGUCUUUGAUAACUAUGCCGUUACGGUAAUGAUCGGCGACGAACCCUAUACCCUCGGCCUAUUCGAUACAGCCGGUCAAGAGGAUUACGACAGACUACGACCUCUCUCAUACCCUCAGACGGACGUCUUUCUCGUCUGCUUUAGCGUUACGUCGCCUGCUUCAUUUGAAAACGUCCGCGAAAAAUGGUUUCCCGAGGUUCAUCACCACUGUCCUGGUGUUCCUUGCCUCAUUGUUGGCACUCAGGUCGACUUAAGAGACGAUCCCAGCGUUAAAGAGAAGCUCAUGAAGCAGAAGAUGACGCCUGUUAGGAGAGAAGAUGGUGAGCGCAUGGCUAAGGAGCUGCACGCUGUCAAGUAUGUCGAAUGCAGUGCGCUUACGCAAUUCAAGCUGAAGGAUGUGUUUGAUGAGGCAAUCGUCGCCGCCUUAGAACCGCCGAUGCCCAAAAAGAAAUCUCACAAAUGUCUAAUCCUUUAA